UCGAUAUUCAUCAAUCUAAUUAUAAAUAUUCUAUACAUUUUCAUCAUCAUCAUCAUUACAUUAUCAACAACAACAAUACCGACUACUACUACCAUAUUGGUAGAUUGUUUACCAAAAAUGAUUAAAAUUGGCGGAAUAUUCUCACCGGAUCAAUUUGAACAGGCGACUGUAUUUCGUUAUGCAAUCGAUAGGCUCAAUAAUGAUAAUAAUAUGGCCAUUGCCAUUGGGAGCAGCGGCAGCAAUGGAAACAACAAUGCAAGAAUAUUGCCCAAAACAAAACUACAUGCAAAUAUUGUACAAAUCAAUUUGGAUGAUAGUUUUCAUGGCCAUAAACAAGUAUGUUCAUUAUUGGAAAAUGGUUCCAUUGCAUUAUUUGGGCCAUUAAAUGGUAAAUUAUAUCGUCAUGUACAAUCAAUAUUGGAUUCAUUAGAAAUACCACAUCUUGAAUGUCAUUGGAAUACAAUGAAACAAUCAAAUAAUCAAUUAUCGGUGAAUAUUUAUCCAAAACAUGAUUAUUUAAGUAUGGCAUUCAUAGAUAUUGUUAAAUCAUGGAAAUGGAAAACAUUCGUUAUUGUUUAUGAAGCCAAUGAAGGUUUAAUGCGUAUACAAGAAUUUCUUAAAGAAGCAGAAAAAAAUGAAUGGAAUAUACGUUUAUAUCAAAUACAGGAUCGUAUGUAUCGUGAUAUAUUCUGGGAAAUCAAACAGAAUAAUAUUAAUAAUCUAUUGCUCGAUUUGGAUCGUGAUAAUAUAUUUUUGGCGCUCAAACAUGUAAUGUCCAUUCAUUCAUUUUUUUUUUGUCUAAAAAAUUUUCAUGAUGAUUUUUCAUUCAUUUUAUUUUUACACAAAACACAGGCACAACAAGUUGGAAUGAUGACUGAAAAUCAAAAUUAUCUUAUUACAUCAUUGGAUCUUCAUACAAUAAAUUUGGAAAAUUUUCAAUAUGCUAAAACAAAAAUUACUGCUCUCAGUUUAAUAGAUUUUUCAUCUAAAGAGCUUCAUGAUGUGAUUAAUCAUUUACGUUUUAGUUAUCGUUUUCGUUCAUUACCACAGCCGUCAUCAUCAUUAUCAUCAAUUUUAUCAAAAUCUACAACAACAUCUACAUUUCCAGAUCCACCCAUAAGACUUGCCAAUACAAUUUUGACAGAAUCAGCAUUGUUAUAUGAUUCAGUACGUUUAUUUGCAACAGCAUUAAAAGAUUUGGAUCAAAGUCAAUCAAUAUCGAUGCCAACCACAUCAUGUACAAAUAUGAAUCCAUGGUUAUAUGGUACAUCAUUAAUGAAUUAUAUGAGACCUAUUUCAUUUCAAGGAAUCACCGGUCUAGUUGGUUUUGAUCAACAAGGAAAACGUAGCCAUUUUCGUUUACAUUUAAUGACAAUCACAAGACAAGGACUUCAAACUGUUGGUUCCUGGGAUCGUAAUGAAUUGGCAUAUAAACGAUUGAAAAUUAAACCAGAAUGGCAAUCAACAUUUCAGAUUGGAACAUUGGAAAAUAAAACAUUACGUGUAACGACCAUAUUGAAUGAUCCAUAUUGUAUGUAUACAGAAUCAUCGGAAACAAAAAUCGGUAAUGAACGUUUUGAGGGUUAUAUUAUUGAUCUGGUUGAAGAAUUAUCAAAACUACUUGGUUUUAAAUAUAUAUUUAAACUCGUUGAUGAUGGUGUUUAUGGUACAAAUGAAAAUGGUGAAUGGAAUGGUCUUAUUGGUGAAGUAAUCAAGAAAAAAGCUGAUAUUGCUGUCGUUGAUCUGACAAUUACAUCGAAACGUGCCGAAGCUGUUGAUUUUACUUUGCCUUUUAUGAAUACAGGAAUCAGUAUUCUGUUUAAAAAACCAACCACCAAAGUGACCACAUUAUUUUCAUUUUUAUCACCAUUAUCCAGUACUGUUUGGUGUUAUGUAUUGGCCGCUUAUGUUGGUGUGUCCACUGUAUUGUUUUUUGUUGGCCGUAUGUCACCAUAUGAAUGGGAGAAUCCAAAUCCAUGUAGAGAGAAUGAUGGUGUACUUGAAAAUAAUUUUUCACAGCUCAAUAGUUUUUUCUUUACAAUUGGUUCAUUAAUGCAACAAGGAUCAGAUUUAGCGCCCAAAGCAAUGUCCACUCGUACAAUUGCUGGUCUUUGGUAUUUUUUUACAUUAAUCAUGAUAUCAUCAUAUACAGCUAAUUUAGCUGCAUUUUUGACAGUGGAAAAAGUUAUCUAUCCAAUAAAAGAUGCUGAAGAUUUAUCCAAACAAACAACAAUUGAAUAUGGCUGUCUGAAUAGUGGUUCAACAAAAGCAUUUUUUCGUGAAUCAAAUCUAUCAACAUUUAAACGGAUGUAUGAAUUUAUGAAAUCACGUCCACAUGUAUUUAUGGCUAAAAAUGAAGAUGGUCGUAAACGUGUUGAAAGAGGCAAUUAUGCUUAUCUAAUGGAAUCGGCUAGUAUUGAAUAUAUUAUCGAAAGAAAUUGUAAUCUAACACAGAUUGGUGGCUUAUUAGAUACAAAAGGUUAUGGUAUUGCAACAAGAAAACGAUCAAAAUAUCGUAACCUAUUAUCGGAAGCGAUACUAAAAUUACAAGAAUCUGGUCGUUUAUUAGAAUUGAAAGAAAAAUGGUGGAAACAGAAAAAAGGCGGUGGACAAUGUAUUGAUGAUGCAAAAAAAUCAUCAUCAUCUGUAACGGCAUUAAAAAUGGACAAUGUGGGUGGUGUAUUCGUUGUAUUGAUUGGUGGCCUUGCAUUAGCAUUCUGUUUGGCUUUAUGUGAAUUUUGGUUUCAUGCAAAAACUCCACAUAAAGCUUGUGAUGUUGUUUGUGAAGAAUUGUCAAAAGAUUUAAAAUUUGCAAUGAUGUGUCAAAGUAAAACGAAACCAAAUCGUGAUCCAUCACCAAGAUCAAGAUCAUUAUCAUCAUCUACUGAAUCAUAUAAUACAGUAUUGUCACCGAAUAAUAAUGGUAUUAUUGGUGCUACUGCCAUUAUCAAUAAUUUGCAUACAAAAAAUCAACAAAUAUCAUCAUUAUUGUUAACUCAAACACCAACAUUAGGCCAAAUGCAUCAUUCAAUUUCACAGUAUUCUAAUUGUCAGAUUCUUACAACAGGACCAUCAACAAAUCAACCAUCACAAUUACUGCCAUUAUUUCAACAACAACAGCAACAUCAACAACAACAACAACAACAACAAUCAUCAUCAUCAACAACAGAAUUACAAUCACCAACAUCUAUAACUCAUUUACGAACACCAUCCAUAACAAAUAACAAUGGAACAACAUUAGCUGAACAAAUCGAGCUUGAAAUGGAACAUCAGCAGCAACAACAACAAAGACGAGGGCAGCUAAUUCUGUAAAAUACAAGAAAUAA